GCAAGAUCAGAAAGAUCGUCGGUCACAAAUUCUGGAGUAAAUGUGAAGCGAUCGCUAAGAAAGUUCGUUUAACCGCUACAAAUAGACCAACAAUUUUGGCGCUAGUGUACUAGUGUUUGAAUGCAACCCCCACACAGGAUAAGGGGUGUAGAAGGAUUUUUCUGAGUGUAAAAAAAUCAAACAAAGAGUGAUUAAUUUAAAAAAAAAAAAAGAACAUCUCAUUUUGUAGUGAAAAUAAUAAGAAAAUUUUAUGUGCGUAACUUGAAAAUUGAGUUGAAGGUCAAAAAAUAGAUUUUGUGCAAAAGGUGAAGAAUUUAUUUUUGGUUUGUUGAUGCAAAUUUCUGCAAUUUAGCAAAAUACAAAAUCGUCCCGAGAACACUACACAACAAGAAAAUUUCUCACCCAUUUUUCCGUGAUAUUUUCCAGAUUUUUCCCACAAUCCAAUAACAAGAAAAUCCUUGAAUUGUUGCAACAUUUUGUACACAAAAAAGGGGAAAUAAAUUAAGGAAUUUCCUCAUGAAGGAUUUUUCUUUUUAAAAAUAUUUUUAAUGCGAAAUACGUGUGAUCUAUUACUAAAAGAAAAUUUGCUAUAGGGGAGCAUUUUCCAUCUCUCAGUUUACAAGAACAAGCAUCUCUUCGUGUGAAGCACAAGAUGUGAAUUUGAGUGUAGAAUUACGAAACACGCAUUGGGAUUUUAUUUCAGACACACGGAGCAAAUCUCAAAGUGAAAAUGAUGAUGCCGUUGGCUCACAUCCAAUUGUGAAAAUCUAUUUUCAGUGUUUUUCCCAUUUAACAUUCACAAAUACAUGCGUUUUUGGUACCACCAAGGCGAAUAUUUGUAAUCAUUUCUCAAAUACGCUCUUUUUCUAUGAUCCACAUGAAAGAAAAUACUUAGGAGGAUGGAAUUCCAAACUCAAAGCAAUUUCGGCAAAACUGCAAGAAUUUUGCAACGAUUUUUUUGCACAAAUUCUAAAAAAUAAAAAUGAGACAAAAAAGACAUUGAAGAGAUAAUCAAUUGCAUAUGAGGAAAAAAAAUGAAGUGAAAGUGAAAAGAUAAAAAUUGUGAAGAAGGAAGAAAUUCCAGUGAGAAGGACAAAGUGCAAAAACAAAAUAAGAGUGAGAAAGUGAUCCUCGGAAGAUGCUACAGCAUCAAGCGACGGAUUACUAUGACCUCUCAUCGGCCACAAGUGCGAUAACAACAAGACAGACACCACCGUACCAUAGCCCCACUUUGGCACCCCCAAAUACCGUGGGGAAUACACCACCUGGCCACAACAAUGGCAAUGCCGCCGGCCUGGAAUUGCGCGGUGGUCAGAAUGGAUCGCCAACGAGUACAGGACGGGAGUCCCUGCCCAGUUUCGGAUUUACACAGGAACAAGUGGCGUGUGUUUGUGAAGUCCUCCAACAAUCUGGUCAGAUAGAGCGACUAGGCCGAUUCCUCUGGUCGCUACCACAAUGUGAUAAAUUGCAAUUGAAUGAGUCUGUGCUGAAGGCGAAGGCUGUUGUUGCCUUCCAUCGAGGGCAAUUCAAGGAGCUCUAUCGAUUGCUCGAGCACAACCAAUUCUCACCCCACAAUCACGCCAAAUUGCAGGCUCUCUGGCUCAAAGCACAUUAUGUGGAAGCCGAAAAACUGCGCGGAAGACCUCUAGGUGCUGUUGGAAAGUACCGCGUCCGGAGGAAAUUUCCGCUCCCGCGCACAAUUUGGGAUGGCGAGGAGACAAGUUACUGUUUUAAGGAAAAAUCAAGAUCUGUUUUAAGGGAUUGGUACGCACAGAAUCCAUAUCCCUCACCACGUGAUAAAAGAAGUUUGAGUGAGAUUACAGGACUUACAACAACACAGGUGUCGAAUUGGUUCAAAAAUCGUCGACAGAGAGACCGAGCUGCUGAACACAAAGAUAAUGGCGGUUCGGAUAAAAAUCUAAUGGACACAGGGAGUGAUUCCGACACAGAACCAAUACCACAUACCCCAAGGGCAUCCACCAAGACAACCAGUGGUGCAUCAGCAAGAGAUCAACCGGCUGUUGCGGAUGCAAGUCGCGUUGCAUGUGCAACAGUUGAUCCCCGCGUGACGGACCCAUGGGCAGUUUCGCCAGACAAGGAGCUAAGUGAACGAAUAUCCAUUCAUCCACAAGCAGUGAUACCACAGACGCACAUGCCCAUGGCACAGGCUACUCCACCCAGGACUGCUCCACAUGGUGGUGGGCACAUGAGUGCCGGUGGUGGGAAGCUGACCAGCCACAUGUCACACACAACGGCUCUUUCGUACUCACCCCUAAACAGCGUGAUAGAUUCAAUGCAAAUCUAUGAAGUCAACAACUACCAGCACCACAGAUCUUAACGCACUGCAGAUACAUCAUAGCUGUUGCACUUGUGUGGAUGUGAAUUUUGGCAGCUAUAGUAACUAUUUUAAUUUCUUUUACACUCUUCCAGAAUCUUUUUGAUUUAUUUAUUUAAAUUUAAAAUGAAAUUUCAUAAAUUCCAGUAUGAAAAGGAAGGAAAACAAAACUUUUUUGUUUGGUUUUACCUCCCUCAACCUCUACUUAACCCUUUAACUUGCCCUUUAAGGAUAAAACAUUAUCCAAUGAGUUGAUUUUUUUUUGAAAAUAACUUUGAGCUCUUUGAGUUAAAAAGAAAAUUUUUUGGUGAAAAAAAAAACUUUGGUUGUAAUUUUUCGUUUUUAUUAUUUCCUGAGAGUUAGCUUAUCGAUUUUUUUCUUGAUAAACAUAAUCUCAAUAGAUCAGUUAGAAUGAUGAAAGAAAAAUUAAUUUUCUCUAAAAUUUAUUUAUUUCAGCUAAAGGAACUUAAUUUUGAAGUUAUUUUCACUGAAUUCGACCUCAAUUAACCAAAGUUAAUCUCGUUUAAGGGUUAAGUGAUUUAAAAAAUCCAAUAUAAAGGAGUUUAAACUCCUUUAUCAAUACUCUAUCGACUCCACUAAAAUAGUUACUAAAACUAAAAGAAAGAUCAUCUACAACAUUUGCUGAGACAAUGAACAAUCUUUAUGCAUCUGCACUUUAAAAAAUUUUUAGAUGGAUUAUUACCAAAAAUUAAAAAAUGGUGGGGGAGGAAAAUUUCCAGAAACGUUCUAUAACAAGAUGUUUUCUUUCUUGACAAAUAAUUUGUUAUAAAAAUGGGAUUUUCAUGCAUUAUGUUGAUAAAAGUUUAUUUUUAAAAGGAUUUUUAUAUUUAAAAAAAUUAUUAAGAAAUUUUUAAGGCGAAAAUACUACUUUUUAAUUAAUAUUUGGCCAUUUAAUACAAGAAAAUUUUCAAUAUUCUUGCUUCAAAUCUGACUAGAAAAUUUAGAUAAUAUUUAACUUUCGUCUUCCAGUGUAUUUUCACAUAAUUUCAUCACGAAAAUCCCAAUUUAAAAGCAAUAAAAAAAAACAUUUUUGUGAACUUUUUCUCCUCUCUGGGCGAAAUUUAAAAAAAAAGAAAGAAAAAUAAUACUCUAAAGUAGAAAAUUCUUUAGGAAUUUCCUUUGUGCGACAAAAUAAAAUCCAUUAUUUAUUGUAGUUAAGUUUUUUUUUUGCUAAAUUAGUCAUGAUAAAAAAGAAGAAAUUCUGGAGAAUGUUCUGCACAGCUAAAUUCUCUCUUAUCAAGAAUAUGUAACUACAAAAAUUAAUAAAUAAGAUAGAGCAGAAUUUAUUCAAUGUUUGAGCUGACUUUGACCUCAAUGUGACGAAAAAAAAACAAUUCAAAUGAGGCUCAAUUUUCACAAUGAGAAAAGAAAGAAAAGAGAAUAAAUGAAGCAAAAUGAGAGAAAAUAUUGUGUGUAAAUAUAAAAUGAGAAAUAGAAACAUUUGGAAUUUUGACGCGGUGGAUAAAUAGAACGAUUCUAUUAGCACAAUUGCAAUUAAUUAGAAGAGAAGCAUAAAAAUAUUUAGUCUCUCAUUUUUUCUCCAAUUCUAAUUGAGAUUUUCGUUUCUAAAAAAUUUCUUUAUAGAAUAUUUUUAUGUGAGAAAAAUGAGAGAUUAUUGGCAAGUAAGAGGCACAGAGAAAUCCACACAUUCUAUCAUUUAUUUAACAAAAUAGAUAAAUAAAACUUUGAAAAAAAAAAUGCAGAAAUAGAUAAAAUCUCAAAUUACUAUCUGGAAAAUUAAAAUAAAUUAGUGAGAAUCGCAUCAAA